UUCCGAUCAAGGAGGAAUCGCUUCCAAAGAUACGUAAUCAUGAGGCUGAUUACUUUCCUGGGAAUAGUUUUGCUCACGGUUGCCUUCGUUGAACCGGGGGUCAUUGACCGGGAAAUUUACGAUGAUGAUACCUCGACCAUCGUACCGAAUACCGAUCGCUUUUACCAGGAGGAUGAGGAUGGAAAUUUGAGGGAGGUAACCGACGACGAAGACGACGACGAGUCCCUUACGCAAACGAAAAGUAUACUACCGGAACGGGUGUUCUUCCAUUUGUACACCAAGGCGAACCGGGAGUCAUCGCAGGAGAUUUAUAUCGGAGAUGACGAUACUCUCGCUAACAGUAACUGGGACUCGAAGAGGCCAACUCGCAUCAUAACUCACGGAUGGAUAAAUUCUUACAAAAGUAUCAUAUGUACCAAGAUUCGUGACGCCUACCAGGCCGAGGGUGACUACAACCUCAUUCUUGUCGACUGGUCGACGAUUACCUACAGGCUUUACGGAUUUGCGAGAAGACGUGUCUGCAUGGUGGGUGAAUACAUUGCAGAGAUGAUAGACUACCUCGAGACAAAAGGAAUGAACGUUACGGAGCUAAUCGUGAUCGGACAUUCGCUUGGAGGCCACGUUGCUGGUCUUGCCGCUCGCCACGCGACGAAAACAGUCGGCUAUGUUAUCGCUCUCGAUCCGGCUCUUCCAUUCUUCUGGUUCUCCGGCCCGGAGAAUCGACUUAGUCGUAAUGACGCGGCCUAUGUUCAGGUUAUCCACACCAGCGCUGGUUUGCUGGGCUUCAAGGAGGCAAUUGGCGACAUCGACUUUUAUCCGAACGGUGGAUCCAGUCAGAACGGAUGCAUCCUUGACGCCGUAAAAAUAUGCGCGCAUGCUCGGUCCUGGAUGUACUUUGCCGAGUCCAUAGUCAGCAAGGUCGGGUUCCACGGAAGGCUCUGCGAGAGCUGGAAGAUGUUCAAAAAGGGACGAUGCACCUCGACCACCACGACCUACAUGGGUGGCAGUACUCCAACCACAGAAACCAAAUCAGGAUCGUACUACCUCGAGACCGGAAGCUCAUCGACUUACGCUCUGGGCGUGAUAUAGACUGCCAAACACUGAGUAACCACAUGACUGGACUUAGUGUUAUCGUUAUUGUUCUUUGCCUAUUGAAAUGAACGCAAAUGUACACACACGCAGGGAAAGAAAUAAAUUAUUUGUA